AGUCUCUAUACGCAUUUUGAGCGCAACAAGUGAAGUUCUAGAAAAACUUGAAGGAAAUUUUUUUGUUCCAAAUUUUUAACUGAAAAUGUCGAGAGUGAAUUAUUUUCUGUUAUUCGGACUGGUUUUACUUCCUUUUAUAAAAUGUGGAAGUCUACCUUAUCAAAAAUAUUAUAAAAACAAUGAGUAUCGACGAGUAGGAUUAAUUCGUCACGAUAAGAAAGUUGGUGACAAAUUUUUCGAUGCCCUUUAUAACACUGAUGAUUUUUUCGACAGUUUAUAUAAUGUUAAAGGGAAAAAGCAUGAUAUGGGUGCAGAUUUUUUAUUAACAACUCCUCUCUAUAAAUAUAUAAAUCCUUUUUAUACUAAAAAAGUGAAUAAUAAUGAUAAGGAAUCCUCGCCUGCCUUCUAUCCUGUAUAUAACCAUCACAAUAAUACUCAUAAUUCAGUACAGGAUAUGACAAGUACAAACGAACAAACUAACAAUGGAUAUCACACAUAUCAGUCACCACCAACAGCAAUACAAGAUGAAAAAUCAAACAGCUACAUACCUCCGUCUACUAGUUAUGGAGUUCCAGAUACAUCACAUUCGUCAUACGGUCCUCCAACUAAUUAUGGACCUAUGAACACAUAUCCAACAUAUGAAUCUCCUAAUUCUUAUCCUUCAUCGCCUUCCGUUCCUUCAGCACCAUCAGGAUCUGGAUAUACAUACACUCCACCAAAUAAUUAUGGACCUCCUAGUGUAAGUUUUCCAACAGCACCCGGAUCAAGCUCAUAUUAUCCAAAUUCCUAUAUGCCACCUCCUCCUGCACCACAAUAUGGACCUCCAACGGGAAUCAUGGAAACUGUUCAAAAAGGCCAUGAAGGAUUUAUAGAAAAAUUAAUCAAAAAGAUCGAUUUGGUUUUAAUGUCAAAAGCUCUUUUAAAGCUCAUAAUAUUUAAGAAAAUUAUAAAAUUCAUCGCUGUUAUUUGCUUAUUGAUGUUUAUUCCUGUAUUGAAAAAGAAGUUUGAGGAAUCUGCUGGAGGAUCAGGAAAUGAAGAUGAAGAAAGAAAGUCAAAAUUAUUAGAUUCUUAUGCUGAUGUGGAUUUCAGAGUCAAAGAAGUAGCAAACUUUGCAUUGACAGCAAUUGAAGCUUUUGAAUCACACGAUAUAAGAUGGUGCGUAGGAGAGAGUGAGUUUUACUGCAGACUUCAAUACAUGCUUGAUGCUGUUGAUUUAAGAUUUCCAGGAAAUAGAAUGCUCAAAUUAUGGUUUCCACAAUUGGAAACAACAUCUGUAAAUCCAGAAACAUCAUCUAUAAAAACGACAACUGCCUAUCCGUAUCGAAACGAAGUAAUUAAAUUUAAUGAUUAUAUCACGAAGUCACCAAAUGAAAUGUCCUCAAUUGAAAACGAUAAUGAAGAAGAUAAUUUUGUUAAAAAAUAAUAAAAAUUCCAGCACUUCAUUCGCACCAAAAAAAGAAGUGAGAAUAUCGUGGAAUGAGGGUGUGAGAUGCAUAAAAUGCAAUAAACAAUCAAUCAAAAGUCCAUGCACGCAAAAAGUUCAAUCGAUGGUUCAAUUUCUUUUUUAAUUCAAACAAACAAAACUUUAUUGAAGUUACUGUACACAUUACUAACUUCACAUAAUAGAAAUGAACGGAAGCGUGCGAGUGAAAUUUAUACUCAUUAUCAUUGCCAAAAUAUUUUUUUAUUUCUAUGACUUUCUUUGUAUUUAAAAUUAUUUAUUUAUUUCUCAUAUGUUAAGAGAACUUGAAUGAAAAAGAAAAAGAAAAGAGUGUAAACAAAGUUCAAGUUGCAUUAUACCUAAGACAUACUAAUCUUUAGAAAUGUUAACGACCCAAAAAAUUAUCAAUCAAAUAAAACACAUUUUUUAUCGUUAUGUGAAAAUAA